ACCCGCAACAGCUGCAGUGCGAGAUUUUUCACGAUAGUUUACCUUUUUUUUUCCUCAUAGCUAUACGAGCUGGUAUUUUUCAAUAAUAUUCAUCGGACAUUGAUCAAAGUGUGUUUCGAGGCAAAAUGAGGACCCGCAAGCUGCUCUUGUUGUUAUUGGUCCCAACGUUGUUGUUUGCCGAUCAUUGCAGUUGUUACCGAAUUCUGGGAAUCUACCCGUUCGUCGGGAAAAGCCAUUACAUAAUGAUGAAUCAAUUGUUCAAGGGCAUGGCACGCAAGGGCCACCAGGUCGACGUCAUCACGCCUUUCCCGCAAACUGAAAAUGUACCUAAUUACACGCAAAUCUUUCAAUUUCCCGACAAAACCGCCGAAAUCAUAGGCCACUUGAACUACGAUAUCAUCAAAGGAUUUUCCCGCACCGGAAAUCUUAGCUCUGUAUUGGACAUUGGCUACAAACUUUGCGAGUACAUGGGCAUGCCCGAAUUUUUAAAUUUGGCCCGCCAUCCACCGAAAGACCCGCCCUACGACGUUGUCAUAACUCAAGUGUUCAAUAGUAAUUGCUUCAUGGUGCUGGGCCACCUGUGGAACGUGCCGGUGGUGCUGGUGAGCACCUCGGCGCUGUACCCGCACGUCCACGACAUGAUCGGCAACCCGGAAAACGUGGCGAUUUCUCCCAACAACUUCAGCCCAGUUCCCCCAGGCGCAGGUGGCUUGUGGUGGCGCCUCUACAACGCCUACUUUUUCUACACCGUCAAAUCCGCGUUUGUUUUCCACUCGAGGAACCAAAACGAACUGCUGCACAGGUACUUUGGCCCCCGGGUGCCCGACAUACGGCAACUCGAGCGCAGCGCUUCGUUGCUGCUGGUGAACACGUACUUUCCCGUGAACGGCGUCAAACCCACGACGACCGGCCUCGUCGAGGUCGGCGGCCUCCACAUACAAAACGACGGCCCAGAAAUGACAGAUGACCUGAAGCGUUGGCUCGACGAGAGCAAAGACGGGGUGGUGUACUUCUCCCUGGGCUCGAUACUGCGGAUCGAAAUCUUCCCGGAGGAAACCGUGGCCGUGAUCUUUGACUCCCUGGGACGACUCUCGCCCACUCGGGUGCUGAUGCGCGUGGCCAAUCCCGAAAGCCUGUCCGUCAAACUGCCCCCCAACUUUCGCACCCUGCCAUGGAUGCCCCAGGAGAAAAUAUUGCAACAUCCCAGCGUCAGAGUGUUCGUCACGCACGGGGGCUUGUUGGGCACGCAGGAGUCGGUCUUUUACGGCGUCCCGAUGCUCUGCCUACCCGUCCUCGCGGAUCAGUGGACCAACACUCAGAAUUACGUGCAGAAAAAAGUCGCCGUCUCAGCCGACAUCAUGUCACUCACCCAAGAAACCCGAGAAACGUUCGACGGUGCCGUCAACGAAGUAUUGGGCAAUCCCGUUUACAGGGAUAACGUGCGGGAGUUGUCAAGGUUGUUUCGGGACCGGUCGCUGAGCCCAAUGGACACGGCGGCCUUUUGGAUCGAGUUCGUGGUGAGGAACGGAAAGGACGUGCUCAGAUCACCAGCGAUGGAUUUGACCUGGUGGCAGCUCGACCUGUUGGACGUCCUUGCCGUCACAACAGCGGGACUAUCCUUGAUUUUGUUCGUCGCUGUUUUUACCAUCAAAACGUUACUGCGGUGCUUACUCGGCAAAUCGAGAACCAGUUGUGUAUCGAAGCGCAAAAAAGAUACUGAUGUUGCCGUUGUUCCCCGGGAAUUUCGCGUUAUCGUGGGUUUGACUGUGGUAGACGACAGUAGCUGGUUAACGCUACCGAUCGAUCUUGACUGCACGCCGUGUUCGAAAAGUGUCCCUUGUAUAGUUAAAAUAAAUAUGAAUUUCUCAACGGUAGUUGUCUUGCUCGUCUGUUUAUUGUGCACGUGCGAUGCCUAUCGCAUACUUGCCGCUUUUCCCUUUCACGGGAGAAGCCACACGAUCGUUUUGCAAGAGACUGCCAAGGCACUGGUGCGCAAGGGACACCAGGUCGACGUUAUAAGUCACUAUCCGUUGGAAAAACCCACGCGGAAUUACAACGACAUCGUGAAACUGAGGAGCAGCGAGGAGUACGCGUCGAUAGAUUACAAAACGAUGAUGUCGAUGGACGAGGAGGACAAGUGGAUCUACGACAUAUUGAAGGGCAUCUGCGAUCACCUCGGCAAUCCGGAGGUGCAAAAGUUGGUCAAAGAACAGCAAAAACACAGGACUUACGACCUACUAUUGGUUCACUAUUUGUCGGGGUACCAGUGCUUCCCUGCGAUUGGCCACCUCCUCGACAUACCCGUGGUCGGAGUGGUCACCACGUCACUUUACCCGUGGAUGCACGGCUUCGUAGGCGAUCCCCUGAACUUGUGGCUCCACCCGAGCAACCUCAGACCCUGGAAAAACGAGGACCUGACAUUUUGGGGCAAACUGUACAACGUCCUCGUCACCCAUCGCGACAUAAGCGAGCACUACAAGAACGCCGGUUUCCAGCAACGAUACAUCGAUCGGUACUUGGGAAAGGGUCUGCCCGACUACCGCCAACUGGAAAGGAGAACCGCCAUGAUACUGACCAACUCUCAUUACACGUAUCACGGAAUCAAGCCCAAAGCCCCGGCCGUCGUCGAGAUAGGAGGGAUACACAUCAACAACGACACGACGGUGUCGAUGGACUCGAGUUUAAAGUCGUUCUUGGACGACAGCAAGGACGGCUUCGUGUACUUUUCCUUCGGGUCCAUGGCGGUCGUCGAAACAAUGCCCAAAGACUUGUUGGACAGGUUUUACGGGGUGUUUGGUAAAAUAGCGCCAGUUCGAGUGGUCAUGAGAGCCCCGAACCCACGAGCUUUGCCGAAACCCCUGCCCGGAAACACUCUGGUUCGCUCGUGGCUACCGCAGCAACAGAUUUUUCUUGAGAACUUUUUUUCAGAGCAUCCGAACAUCAGAGCCUUCGUGACCCACGGGGGAUCGCUGGGCACGCAGGAAGCUCUGCAUUACGCGGUGCCCAUGAUAUGCGUCCCAUUGUUCGCCGAGCAGCACUUGAACUGCGACAUUUUGGCCAACAAAAGGGUGGCUCGGAAAUUGGAGCUGCGAUCGGCUCGGCUGAGCGACUACGAGAGCGUUUUCCAAGACGUCUUGUCCAAUUACCAGACGUACAAAACGACCACGGCGAGGUGCUCCAGGUUGUACCGCGAUCGUCCGCGGUCGCCAGCGGAUGAGUUGGUUUACUGGGUGGAGUACGUCAUUCGUCACGGCAGAAACGCGCUGAGAUCGCCGGCGGUCGAUCUCACUUGGUGGCAAGUCGAUCUCCUCGACGUGUACGCUUUUCUCGCCACGAGUUUAUUGCUCGUUUCGAGCUUGGCGCUGUUUGCGCUUCGGAAAUUGUUUGUUGUGUUUUUGCGCCCGAAGGGCACGGCCAACAAAGAGAAACGGCAUUAGUGAACACUGGGUCAUCGGGUAUCUUUAAUAAUUUUUCCAAGAAAAAAAAUGAAAAUCAAAGUAAAUAUGAUUAUCGGGGUUGGCGUGGGUUAUCUUAUUUGAUCCGAGUGAAGAUAAAAGCGUUUUCUUUCGUUCGUUUCCUCUCGUUUGUAAGAGUUUUUAAAUUCUCGGGUCACAAAUUUGCGGGCAGCGAUAAAUUUUUCCUAAUUGUUUCCGUUGGCUUUUUUUUUUUCCACCCCGACGAGAUCGAUAUACUUCAUCUUUGCUCGUUCCCAUCACCUAACGAGAUGCCGGCCUUUGGGGCGACCCCGUCGGGCCGAAGCGAUCUAAUUGGAUCGAGGGAGCCCGGACUGUGAUGUAUUGAAAUCGGACUCGCUCGACUGCACCGCCCAGCGGCAAAUCAAUCACACCAUUGCCACCCUGAUUUUCAUAAUGGAUCCAAUGUUAAUUAUUUCGGCACAGUGCAGUAAAUAACAAUUGCACCGAUUCUCUAUACUCGACUAAAAUAAUAUAUUGCACGCGUAUACUUGCAUGGCUCGCAAUAAAAGCCAUGUACAGUAUUGUGGUGGGAAACCAUGAAAAGACUCGUAAAACUUGAAUGGCCAAUGCCGAGUACAACAAAUGUCAAUGGGCCGAUCAUUAUUUAUGGAAAUUUCAUCAACAUGCGUCUACAGUCCGCGAAUUAUUAUUAGACUCGGUUUUACAAAAGCCUUACGCCACAAUACAUAAUAAAAACUAUUGAUUACAUUCAAUAGAUGCUAGAUGAAUACCAAUUAUACUCGAAUGACUCAACUUUCGUGCGUUUAUUUUAACUAUUGUCACUGUCGCAGAUACGCAAUUUCAUGCGAGUAGCACUUGGUGAAUUUUUAUUUAAAAAUUACCGGGUCGUUAUGGGUAUACUUGCGUACAGAAAUUUGUAUUGAAAUUAUAUUCGUCAGGUGCAACAUAGCAAUUUCAAAGUUCCAAGAUGUACCCGUACCCAAACGGUGACUGGGACUUUUUUUUCAGAGUAAGCGAAUAAAAAGAAAAGAAAAAAGAAAAAACUCGCAAGUUUACAAGUCCAAGGACAAAGAAUCCAAUUCGUAUCGGCCGGAAACGACAGCCACGCCGCAACUUCUUCGCAAAACAAACAGCAUCGAGUUACGGAUGGAAAAACAGGGGAGGCGCAGCCGAUAGCGAUCACUUUUGCUUACAAACCGUACAUGGCACGUUAUAUGCACGCGCUCGAUACUUCAUUACCGCGAACAAUUAGCCGAAGGGACACCGUAUUU